AAGCUACCUAUUAGUCUUGAUGACCUCACUCGAAUAGUACACACCCUUGGACCUCAGCCAUCCUAUGAUGAUUCACUUUUCCUCGCAAUGCUCAUCACUGGCUUUAAAAGCCUGCAGUGUCUUGGUGAACUUGUUUGGCCAGACUCUGCUAAACUACAAACUUACAGCAUGGGGACUGUGCCCACCUGCGCUUGGUUCCUUCGAUGUCUUCACUGGUUUUGUGGAGCGGAUUUUUCAGGUCAUUCCUUGAGAGCAGGUGGUGCCAUGGCUCUUGCUGCUGCAGGAAUGGCUCCUGAUCUCAUUUGUGCUGCAGGACAAUGGUCUUCAGACGAAUUUAACAAGUAUAUUCGACAACACCCGUUCUUAUUGCAUGCACUUAUGCACAGCACAGCUCAUGCACCAUAA